CGAAUAUAAAUAGUUGAGUACACAAGUAAUUUUAAUUAUACAUCGAUUCACCUCUUAUUUGUUAACAACAAAUCAAACUUUAGUCAAAUUUUAUUCAAAAUGUUCAAAUUCGCCGUUGUCAUCUUUGCCGUCAUUGCCUGCGCUGCUGCCAAGCCCGGUUUGAUUGGUGCUCCUUUGGCCUACACCGCCCCAGCUGCUGUUGUGGCUGCUGCCCCAGCUCCAUUCGUUACUGCCACAAGUAGCCAAGUUAUCGCUCGCAACUACAAUGGCAUUGCUACAGCUCCAAUUGUAGCUCCCGUUGCCGCCCCAGUUGUAGCUAAAACCUUCGCUGCCCCUGUUGUUGCUCCCGUUGCCGCUCCAGUUGUAGCCAAGACUUUUGCCGCUCCCGUUGUUGCUAAGACCUUUGCCGCACCCCUUGUUGCUAAGACCUUCGCUGCCCCAGUAGCUGCAGCCUACAGCACUCCUUACGCUGCUGCUUACGCCACACCAUUUGCCUACUCCGCACCAUUGACUUAUGCCGCUGCUGCUCCCGCUUUGUGGUAGAUUUUGAACAUUCAUUGAAUA